AUGAAUAAAGGAGCUGAGAAGAAGAGAACUUCUUCAUUCAAUAAAUAAACAAUGAAUUAGAUAUAUGAUAGAUAUGAUACAUAACAAAAACAAUUUUAUUGUCCAAAAUAAAAAAAAGAUGUCAAAAAUCUAAUAAACAAUCUCAAAUAAAAAUCAUCUUAUGAGAAUACCUCACUUAUGAUUCCUUAAAAUGUAUCUUUCAAAAAUGUCUUAAUUUAUCUUAAUAAUAAAUCUCCUAAAAAAUAAAUGAAAAAGUAAAUCAAAAAGACUCCUAGUACAUCUUUGCAUACGCCAGCAGACUUUACAAUAAGAAAUAUUGAGUAGUAAUCUGAGUUAGUAAAAUAAUAGUAAUCUGUAUUACAUUAAUAAUCUCAAUAAACAUCAUAUCGGUCCUUAUUAUAACACAACAAACGUAAUUAAUGGUUAGAUUUAAUUAAUUAGAAAAGUUCUAAUUUUAUUUAAUAGGAUUAAAUAGCAAUAACAGAAUAUAGGUAUAAAAAUAUUCUAAGUUAGAGCAUAUUAAGAUAUAUAAUUGACAAAUAAUUGUGAUUGGAAAUAUCCAUAUACCGAAUAUAAGGAAUAAAGAUAUCAUAAAGAAAUGUAAAAUAUUGAAAACCUGGAAUUUUAAAGUUGGAAGGAAUUGACGAUUACUCGAUUGAUUUUGCGUUAAGCAUAAUGA